UGUUGAGAAAUGUUUUUGUUUUAUGUGUGAAUUGCUUUUGUUAAAGAUUUCACAUAAAUACGAAAAACCUAAAAAGAUUAAAUCAAAUGAGACAAAUAAAAAAAUAUAAAUUCAAAUAUGUUCUUCUACAAAAGAAGGAAGGAGCCCCGUCUCUGAUUGGCUGAACACACAUGUGAUUAAUCACAUGACCACAUGACAAACGUUGCUCUGUGAGUAGUUCAUGUGUCUGUUUUUUAUCUUGAUGAUUCACUCAAUAUUUGCAUUUUCACUGGAUUUCCCUCUUGGACUUCGGAGCAGCAGCAGUGAGAGAGGAAGCAGAGGGGGGGGACUCACUGCUGCCGCUAUGAUUUCAUCAGUUUCAUCAUAACAACAGAGUCCGUCAGUGUUUUACAAACAAUUAAAAGUAACAGCUCAUGUUUAAACACAAUGCAUGAUGGCGGAAUGCAAUUCUACACCUCUCUGCUGUUCGUUGGGGCUCCACCCCGUGGCUCCUUUCUUUCUCCUCCAGGGAAAGGGGAGGGCAGUGAUCGAGUGUGUGUGUGUGUGUGUGUGUGCUGAAGUGGGCGGAGAGCUUUUUUCUCUGUCUGUAACUAUAUGGGCCUCCUUCACAUCCUCUAGGUGUGGCUAUCCAGCCUCUUCAGUGUGAUCUAGGAACUACCGGCUGACAGAAGUGGCUGAGCCAGUUGUGUUUUUCAGACAGAGGGAGAGAGAGAGGAGGUGGAAGUGACAGACACACUGAAGACAUGGCAGAUCCAGCAGCUGAAGAAGCAGCUCCCGUCCCCAAACAGCAGAAGCUGUGCUCAGGUGUGCUGAGCAUGGACAACUCUGACAAAAGCCAGGGAUGCCCCCCUGAGUGUCUGCAGAGCCCCGACAAGCCUGAACCAGCCGACGGCCCCAAACAGAACGGCACAGAGGCUGUGAUCGGGAGCAAAGAGGAGCAGGACCCUAAGGGGGCGGAGGAGACCAAGAUCCAGGAAGAUCUGAAGGAGUCAGAAGACCCCAUGAAGCCCGAGGAAGAGCCACAGACAGAUGUGGAGGUGGAGAAGGUAGCAGAAGAGGAGGCCAAGGAGGAACCUCUGGGCCCCGACGACGUGGUGUGCGACUCGUGCAUCGAGAGCCCCUGCAGGGCCGUCAAGUCCUGCCUCACCUGCCUGGUGUCCUACUGCGAGGCCCACCUCCGGCCUCACCUGGAGAACCCGAAGUUCCACAACCACCGGCUGGUGGAGCCGCUCAGGGACAUCGAGAGAAGGACCUGCGAGAGCCACAAGUGGCCCCUGGAGCUCUUCUGCUGCGCCGACGAGUGCUGCGUCUGUCAGGACUGUGUGACGGAGGAGCACAAGGGCCACAACACGGUCCCCGUGGUGGAGGCUCGCAGUCGGAUCGAGAAGGAACUGAGAGAGAAGCAGAGCGAGAUGGUGAAGACGGUGACGGCAGGAGAGAAUGCCAUCAACAAACUUCAACUCAACACGGUCUCUAUCGAGCAUUCGGUGAUGGAGGUACGGGCGGUGAUCGAGAGCCAGUUCGAGGAGCUGCAGGCCGUGGUGGAGAGGGCGAAGCGGGAGGUGACGGAGAUCCUGGAGGGGGAGGAGAAGCAGGCACUGAGGCAGGCCGAGGGCAUCCGGGUUCACCUGGAGCAGAGGUGCACGGAGCUGAAGAAGACUCAGGGGCAGAUGGAGAAGCUCUCCAAGAACAAGAAUGAUGUGGACUUCUUACAGGAGUAUUCAGAGUGGAAGAAAGAGGCCACUGAUAUCUCUCUGCCUGGCGUCUACAUCGGCCUGGCGGACCGUCUGAACUCCUUCAGCCGCGUGAUCGUCGACUCCACACAGGAGCUGUGUGCCAUGCUUGUGUCUUCAUACAUAGAGAAGGUUAAAGAGACGUGCAAGAAUGACAAAAUGGGAAUAAAGACGACCGUUCAUGAAAUCAUUGCAGCGAAACAUAACAUGUCUUUACCAGAUCCAGUGACACAUGCAGACUUCCUCAAGUAUGUCGCCCACGUGAGUUUCGACGCCGACACCGCUCACAAGUUCCUGAGGCUGACGGAGGAAAACAGGAAGGUGACUAAUACCACGCCCUGGCAGCAUCCUUAUCCAGACGUACCUGAGAGGUUCGAGAACUGGCGCCAAGUCCUGGCGACGGAGAGCUUCUAUCUGGGGCGUCACUACUUUGAGGCGGACAUGAGCGGCGAGGGCGCGCACGUCGGCCUGACCUACAAGAGCAUCGACCGCAAGGGCAGCGAGAGCAACAGCUGCAUCACGGGGAACAACUUCUCCUGGUGCGUCCAGUGGAACGGGCGCACCUUCUCGGCCUGGCACAGCGACGUGGAAACCCCUCUUACCGUAGAGAAGUUCACGCGUAUCGGGGUUUACGUGGACUACAGCAGAGGCCUCCUGGCUUUCUACGGCGUGGACGACACCAUGACGCUCAUCCACGAGUACAAGGCGGAGUUCCUGGAGCCUAUUUAUCCGGCUUUCUGGUUGUCCAAGAAGGAGAACGUAGUCGCCUUGGUGGCACCAGGGGAGCCGCUACGGCUCAAAAGCCCCUCUCCUCCCACCUCACCUCCCAUUGGAGCUAUUGUUUCAAAGAUAGCAGCAUAGCAAUGAUUACAAGUCAGUUUUCCCUGCAUCAAUUCAACAAUAUGCGACUACUGUUGUUUAAAAAGUUUGUCCCCCAAUGAUAUGGAACAUAUGGACUGUCUUCUCAUAUUAAACCUGUUUACAUCAUGUCUUUUUGUAGAACUAAUGUGAUCAAUUGUGAAUGUUUAUCUUGUAUAGUUGGGCUCAAAUCAUAUUUAUACCCCUGUGUACCUUUGGGACUUCUGUUACUUUUCAUCCCACUGUGAAUUCAGAGGUGUUCUGUAUGCAAAUUAAAAUUUGUAUCUUCAUUUGCAAAAAA